GACGUCACAUUGAAGAUGGAAGCCAUCUAGGCAGGAAGAGGCCGCGGGGCGUUGCUCCUAAUUUUAUCACCAGAAUCACCCUUGCUUUCAUCAUUUAAACCAAAUCAAAGAUGGCUACCAAUUACCAGUCUUCCAAGGAAACCACAAAUUUUGCACGGAUUUGCAGGUUGGUCAUCGAUGUCAUCCCAGACUUAUUGCGAGAUUUGCUCAACACUCGGUUGCCAGCAUCAGGACUAUCUGCAGUACUUACCACCCAGAAAAGGAAGAUCUUUUCUGUGUUGCUGCGACAUCAAAAGAACAUUCUGUAUCCUCAAGGUGGGGUGUAUGAAGGUUCUGUGAAGGAUUUGGACACAUCACUUCUUUACAUCCUUCUAAGAAACAUUGGAAAUAUUCCAUCUCAUCAGAAAAGUUGGGGAAACGCACCGAAUAUUGCAGACAGAUCGCUGUCGGCCAACAUCGACCGUCUACGUGAGCAGCGCAAUGAGGUAUUUGCACAUGCACCCAAUACCUCUCUUUCUGAUGGAGAUUUUCAGGCUAGUUGGGACAUCAUCCGCCAAAGUGUGGAGGAAAUACAAAACAGUGAACUGAAUACAGGGCGGUUUGUAGUGGCAGUGGAUGAAAUACUUACCAUGGAAAUGGACCACAGAAUGACAAAUAAAUACAUCGAGGCCCUUCUAUUGGAUAUAAAAGAUGAUCUAAAGAAGGAUGUUGGUGCCGUAAAAGAGGAUGUUGGUGCCGUAAAGGAGGAUGUUGGUGCUGUAAAGGAGGAUGUUGGUGCCGUAAAGGAGGAUGUUGGUGCCGUAAAGAAGGAUGUUGGUGUUGUAAAGAAGGAUGUUGGUGAUGUAAAGGAAGAUGUUGGUGCUGUAAAGGAAGAUGUCGGCGCCAUGAAGGAGGAUGUUGCUACAGUUAGGGCUGAUGUUAGUUCAAUGAAGGACAAACUGAACACCCUGUCAACAGGCACAAGUCUCAAAAAAGAUAGGGUUCCUAAGCUAACAGCUAUGAUAGAAACAACCACAGCCAUGAUAUUGAAAGAAAAGGACGAAUACGAGUUCCUUUCUACCAAAAGUCUCCAUGAUGCCUACGAUAAACUAAAGAAGAACAGCUUGGUGAUAAUCAAGGGAAAUUCUGGAGACGGGAAGACAUCAAUUGCCCUUGAACUACUCCGUCGGCUGUGCUAUAAUAAGGAGGGGCAACAAUGUCGUCAGCCACUAGAACUGCAUGAUAUCAAAGACUUGGAUAAUGUGACCCGAAAAUCACAAUUAGUUAUUUAUUUAGAUUAUAUCUUUGGGAAGAAUGUUGUGUGUAAACAAGAUGUGGAAGAAUGGGAGAAAAGAGAAAAAUCUAUUAUUUCAAAACUUUGUGGAAAUGAGCACACAGAGGGCAAUUUUCUGAUCAUUACAAUUCGUAGUGGAAUUUCAAAUUCUUUAACUGGAUCUUGCUUAGAAAAGGUAUUCACUAAACAAAACAUUGUUGACCUUAACAUAGAUGUUGAAGAAAAACUGGAAUUGUUAAGGUUGUACAAACCAAAAGAUAAUUUUGACUCAUGGAAAGAUGAUGAAGAGAAGGAAAUUGUCAAGUGUGCUCCUGACAUUGGGUUUCCACAAUGCUGUAGGUUGUUCAGAGAUUCAUCUACUUUGCAAGCAGAGAGGGUCAAUUUUUUUAAAAGACCUUUUCAUUUUCUGAAAUCCUCAUUAUCUAAAUUGGAAGACGGAAAAUGUUAUGGUCUGAUGUAUCUGUUUCUUAAUGGAGGCAAAGUCAUGGAAGAUGAUUUAGACUCUAACAAUGAAAAUAUUGAUGAGAAUUUAUUAAAAGCAGCAUUUGCUAAUGGUAUAGUCAAAGUUACCACAACAGCUGAGCUUGUUCACAAUAGGUCUAAGGGGAGGAAAAUAGAAUUUGUGAAGGAUUCGUUAGAUUGUCUGUUGGGUUGGAUGGUGAAAAAAGAGUCUAACCAAAACCAAAAAGUUUGUUACAAAUUCAACCAUGACUCAAUUGAGGAAACUCUGGCCCUUUUGUAUGGAGAAAAAACUCCCAUUGGCUACAUACAGAAUUGUCCCAGGAAGUUUCUGAGUUAUGUAACUACCUCAAAAACCACUCCAAACAAAGUAGUUAUAUCAUCUGGUAAUCAGUACAAUGCCAUGUAUAAACGUUUACUCGGAGAGUUUGAAUCUCUCUAUACUAGAUACUCUGACCAAGAAAGAGACUGGUUUUAUAGUAAAUAUCAUUCUUUAACUUCAUUAGAUGUAUGGAUAGAUAUCAAGUUUCUGCAGGGAUUUAUCAGAUGGCUAAGGGGUCAGAAUGUUGACAAAAACUUGUGCCAUGUGAUAAUGCUUGCCCUGUUGAAUGCAGCAUGUUCUUCUGGUUCAGAAGAAUGUGUUUUAUCCCUCCUGUCGGAUGGUGUGACACCUGACAAGCAGACACCGUUGUAUGUGGUAGCAGGAGAGAGCAAGAAAGUGUUAGUAAAGAUUGUUAAAUACUUGAAUGAUAGGAAAAAACUUUUCUUGUUGAAUAAAGCAUGUUCUUCUGGUUCAGAAGAAUGUGUUUUAUCCCUCCUGUCGGAUGGUGUGACACCUGACAAGCAGACACCGUUGUAUGUGGUAGCGGGAGAGAGCAAGAAAGUGUUAGUAAAGAUUGUUAAAUACUUGAAUGAUAGGAAAAAACUUUUCUUGUUGAAUAAAGCAUGUUCUUCUGGUCCAGCAGAAUGUGCUUUAUUCCUCCUGUCGGUGGGUGUGACACCUGACGAGGAGACACCGUUUUGUGUGGUAGAGGGAGGGAGUGUGAGUGUGUUACGUAAACUACUGGAGUAUGACGUCACUCAGACAGCGAGGGCAUACAGGUCACGAUCACCACAUUAUACUAGUAAUAUCAAUAUUCUACAGGAGGCUGGUUUGUUUGAGAGAGAAGAGAUGGUGACCAUGUUGUGUAACACUUACCCACACUUGGUACAUGACACUGAUAUCUGGGGACAAAGCACGCUCCAUCUUGUGGCACAGACAGAAAACUGUGAUAUAUUUAAAACAGUGGAGAGAGUUAUACUUAAAUCCUUGUAUAGAGUUGAGGACAAACAACAUAAGUGUGAGACAGUAGGAGGUCGUGUGGUGCACAGGAAUUGUGUGUGUGCUCAGUACAUGUGUCUGUUAGUGAGUAAUUCGGGGGAAACAGUGUUACAUUAUAGUUGUAAGUUUGGACACAUGGAGGUUUGUAAAUAUCUGUGGGAGUCGUACCCAGCACUAACUACAGCUGUAAAUAAUAACGACCUUCAUUGCCUACAUUUUAUAGCUUGGUUUACAUCAGAUGUAGACCUGUUCACUGAGUGUGAAUCUCAUGUAAAACAGCAUAUAGAAUCAACAGGAGGUAAGUAUGACAUCACAACCAUUCUUACCAAUCGGAGAGAAUCUGUUUUAGACGUGGCAAAGUAUCGGGGGACAGAAAACAAGGCUUUGUAUGAUCUUCUUGUCCAAUUGUUUGGUCAACAAAAACACUAAAUAUUCACACUCAUUUCUCUGUUAUGUACAUUCACAUGUGUAACAGGACACAAAACAAGGUUAAUUUUUAUGAAAUCUUUUCAUCACUUUUCAAUGUUCACAUGAA